AUGCAAACGCCAUGGCUCAGAGAAAGUCAAUUAGAUGACGACAUCUUCGAGGAGAAAAUGUUGUUCAUAAUGACUUUUGAUAAGGAGAGAGAGAGAUCCAUGUCCUACAAUAUCUUACCUGGUGCAAACGAAAGAUGGGAGUCUGUUGAGAAGGAUUGGCUUGUUGUCGGCAAUCUUUCUGGUGGUACGGACGACUUCAGUGGUUGUCUUGAUGUAUGCUUGAGUAGUGGUCUCCUCGAGUGGCUCCGGUGUUGGCUGCGGGGCAACUCCUGGCUUGAAGAAUCCCUUGGCAAGCUUGAUCGAGUCGUAGUCAACAUCCUCGCGAUCAACGAAAUCAUCCAUGUAGGUCAGUGCAUCAUCGAAGUCCUCGCAGGCAACCUUCCAGAUAGCCAUGUACUGUCCACUGACGGCAUCUUGACUGAUCUCCUCCAAGUUACGGUUGAUCAAACUGAAGUUGUAGGAGUAGACGCGAACGGUUUUGACUUCUGGGUCCAACUCCAAUUCAUUCAUGGCAAGGGCAGUCUCAAUUCUGUUGGCGAGCUGUAA